AUGGAAGAGGAUAAUACCAAGCUGAUAAAGAAAUACAAACAGGACCUGAAGAUGUAUGAGAAACAACUCAAACAGCAAAUUCAGGAAUGUAAAGCAGCUCUCCAGCUUGGUUCUCAUAUACAGGUUUAUGAUGCAUUUUGUGAGAUCCAUUCUCCUACACAAAGUCUCCCUGUAAAACCUGUCCUGGGUACUGCCAACUUCACUCAGAAUGAAAAUCCUCAAGAUCACUUGAACGAAGCCUUGGGAAAAGUUAUCACUUCAGGUCAAGGUCAAACUUUUGACCAGUAUUGGUCAGAUGAUCAAGGACGAUCCUCUACACAAGAAUGGUCAGGAGCAAAAGGGAAGAAAGCAGUGACAACGUACAAACUACUGCCACAGACCAAGGUGGUGGAGGAGUGGAAGUCUCCAUGUGCCAUUUAUUCUAUAUGUCCCACCACUGAUGGUCAGGUGUGGACCCAGUACAGAAACAAAUUAACUCUCCUUGACAGGAAGGGCAAAGUAAUACAGGAGGUCACACACAAUGUCUGUAUCAAUGAUAUCAGUCUGUCGCCCACCACACACACACUGUGGGUCUGUGAUCAUAACAACAACAUCACAGAGCUGGUAUCGGGACGACUGACACACAGAUUCAGUACCAAGGAGGAACCCUGGUGUAUAUGUGUUGCAGCCAGUAACCAUGUCAUUGUAGGGAUGACCAAACACAUCUCCAAAUUCUCUAAAUUUACCACAAAUGGUAAAAUGGUGUCUACUACUAUGGCUAAAGAGACUGAGAAACCAUUAGUGUGUACACCACGCAGCAUCUCGGAGUGUCCUGUCACUCACAAUGUGGCAGUCGCUGAUUUCAGUAGUGAAACAGAUGGUGGUGAUGGAAAACGAGGUGUUGUUGUCAUGAACUCUGAUUUCAAGGAACAAUUUGUAUAUAGAUCUAGAGGUGACAUCCCCAUCAGUAGAUAUCAACCAACACCACAACCAAGAGGUGAACCAUUUAACCCCUGUGGUGUGGUGUAUGACAGUGUGGGGAACCUGAUCAUAGGGGACUGUAACAACAACAGGGUCCUACUCAUCAGUGGAGGUGGCGAGUCCCUCAGGGUCAUACACACUGACCCAGACUAUACAUGGGCUGUAGGUAUAGACAGGGAGGAUGUUUUAUGGGUAGCGUUUGGGGAACCGGGUAAGAAAGUCAAACUACUACAGUAA